AUGAGUGGACAGGCUGCGAGUUACUACAAUCCCAGCCAGCCGUAUGGCGAUCCCCAGCCGGGGAUUCAAAAUUACCAGCAACAGCCCUAUCACUACAACAAUAAUGUGCACAAUAAUGGGUACGACCCGAACUAUCAACCCGGACCUGAGCCCAAGCCUCCAGCGGAGCCACCCCCAACGUACAAUCAGGCCGUCUAUGGGUUUGACGACGCGUUCAAGAUCGAGCGACCCAAGUACAACGAUAUCUGGGCGGGUCUCCUCUUUAUCGCCGUCUUCCUGGGGUAUGUCGCGGUCUCUGGCGUGACCAUCCAUCGAUACGCCAAAUACAAAGGCUUCAACGGUGACGGCAUUUACGACUCGUCCAACAGCUUUUCUCUCGACACGAAUACGCUUGUUCUGUUCAUUUUCGUACUCUGUGUGGCGCUCGCUUUUUCGUACGCGUACUUUCUAGGGGCGCGCUACUUCUCGAAACUGUUCAUCUGGGUUACUGGGAUCCUUAAUAUCGUGUUUGCGCUGGCGACUGGCAUUUACUAUAUCGUGCGGAAACAGUACGGCGGAGGCAUCGUGUUUCUCAUCUUUGGUGUCUUUGCGAUCGUCUGCUUCAUCAGCUGGAUCCCGCGUAUCCCGUUCAGCGCGUUCAUGCUCCAGACUUCCAUUGACGUGUCUCGGAAGUACGGCCAUGUGUUUAUCGUGAGCACGAUUGGUGGUCUCGUGGCAGUGGCAUUCGCUGCCUGGUUUUCGGUCACCCUGGUCUCGAUCUAUGUGGCAUAUGAGCCGAGCAGCUCCGGCUCUAACCCCUCCUGCCGCGACGGCGGAUGUAGCAGGGGCCGAGUCAUCGGGUUGGUCGUGUACGUCACGUUUGCCAUGUAUUGGUUCAGCGAAUGGUUGAAGAAUACGAUCCAUACCACCAUUGCGGGUGUCUACGGGUCCUGGUACUUCUGGAGCCAGACGCCGAAUGGCAUGCCAAAGGGGGCAACGCGGGGCGCAUUCAGGCGCGCAACCACAUACUCGUUCGGCAGCAUCAGCUUCGGAAGUCUGAUCAUCGCGAUCAUCAACAUGCUGCGGCAGGCGUGCUCUGUCGCGCAGCGGAACGAGGCUGCGGGGGGAAGUAUGGUGGGGAGCAUCAUGUUUUGGAUUCUCGGAUGCUUCAUCGCCGUCCUCGACUGGCUUGUCACGCUGUUCAACCGCUACGCUUUCUGCCAUAUCGCCCUGUACGGGAAGGCAUAUAUCCCCGCGGCAAAGGAUACGUGGACCCAAGCACAACCACCGAACUCGGCACAAACACCCCCACAGACGCACCCCCAUCAAACGUCAUUGCCGACUGCGAGGGCGAGGGCGACGCCGAAGCCGAAGGCACCAUAA